GUGGCGGGGUAGGUUGGUCGGGGUAGUUAAGCGCGGCGGGCGUGUGGCGGCGGCGCCGGGGGAGGGGUUUUUACACACGGCGGCGGCUGGGGCUCGGCACAAAGACCUCGGAGCGGCCGGGCGCUCGGUGCAGGCGGCCUCUCUCGCUCUCUCUCACUCACUCACUCUCCGUGUGUGGCGGGCGGCGGCGGUGGUGUGGCGGGCGGCGCGGUCGGCGUGUCCUCGCACACACUCGCUCAGUGCCGGGCGGCGAUGGUCGGGGAAAUGGAAGCCAAGGAGAAGCCGAGACCCAGUCCCGACUACUUGAUGCAGCUGAUGAACGACAAGAAGCUGAUGUCGAGUCUGCCCAACUUCUGCGGCAUCUUCACCCACCUGGAGCGGCUGCUGGAUGAAGAAAUAAGCAGAGUACGAAAGGACAUGUAUACAGAUACAAUGAAUGGCCUUGUUGACAAGCUGCCAAUGGACCUACCAGACCCCAUAGGACCUAUUAUGCAGUUACAAGAAAAACUAUUUGUGCCUGUGAAAGAAUAUCCAGAUUUUAACUUUGUUGGCAGAAUCCUUGGCCCAAGAGGGCUCACUGCAAAACAACUGGAAGCGGAGACUGGUUGCAAGAUCAUGGUGAGAGGGAAAAGUUCAAUGCGGGAUAAAAAGAAGGAAGAACAGAACAGAGGCAAACCCAACUGGGAGCACCUGAAUGAAGAGCUCCACGUAUUAAUAACUGUUGAAGAUACUCAAGACAGAGCAGAACUGAAGUUACGAAGAGCUGUAGAAGAAGUUAAGAAACUUCUGGUGCCUGCACAGGCAGAGGGGGAAGACAAUUUGAAGAAGAUGCAACUGAUGGAGUUAGCUAUUCUUAAUGGUACCUACAGAGAUGCCAAUAUCAAAGCACCUACCCUUGCCUUUUCUCUUGCAGCAACAUCGCAGGGUCCGCGGCUGAUAACUGGACCAGCUGCCCCCAUGCUUCCACCAGCUGCCUUGCGUGCCUCUACGCCAGCUGGUCCUGCCAUUAUGAAUAUAAUUAGGCCAAUUCAGACAACUACAGUCAUGCCUAAUGGAACCCCUCAUCCAACUGCCUUAGUACCACCUUCACCAGAAGCUGGUAUAAUCUAUACAACACCCUACGACUACCCAUAUGCUUUGACACCAGCUGCAUCUCUACUGGAAUAUCCAAUGGAGCCGAGUGGGGUUCUAGGUGCGAUGGCAACUAAAGUUCGGAGGCAUGAUUCGCGUGUCCAUCCUUACCAAAGGAUUGUGACCGCAGACAGAGACCUUCAGGGCUGGAUGAAUCCAUUGGUCCUGGGUCCUGGACCCUACAAAAAUCUGGCAGGACCACAAUUCAAAUUGUACGAGACCAAAGGAUCACCAUCUCAACAGUACUCACUGCCACAAGCAACUAACCCAUGACCUUUGACCUCUGAACUCUUCACCCAAUGAUGACCUGACCAUGCCUGUCUGCUGAUCAGUUAACUGGUUAUCGCCAAUGCUUGCCUGUCUUCAAUGCAGCGAGCUGAGGCACUGUCUGUUCGUCUCGUUACCUAACAACGUUUAUAUAAAAAGCUCCAGCCACAGCUUUUCUGGUUGGGUGAAUGUGGUGCCAGAUCCUGCACUGAAUAAUACUAAAGCAAUAAGUCCAGUUCAUCCCUCACUACUGUUUCUCAGUGAUCAUCUCUUAAAGAUUCUCCCUAAAGAAUGGUAAGGAAGGUCUCUAACAGCACUGGCAAAGGACUGAGCACUGUACAGACAGUUGCCACCGGACAAAUGUGAUGGAGAUCUGAUGUAAUUUAUGUUGUAGUUACAAACUCUUUGACCGCAUUUGUGAUGAUGCAUUAUGAAUGAACCUUGGGUCAAGUAUAUUGGGGAAGAGUUCUACACUGACAAUAUACACUGCAAUUAUGAACAAAGAUUUAAUAUUUCAUGUACAGUACCAUUGAUUUUUGUUGCCAAACACUCAAGCCCAUUUCUGGCUGUUCUUGGAGCCACAUUAGAAUGAAAAUGGUAUUCAGUAUUGCAAGCCACAAAACAAAAAUUACAAGAUAUUGAAGCUGUUGAGCAAAGCAUAGUGAAAACAUCAGAAUUACCUGAUGCAUUCGGUCAACAACUCAUUUAGUGGGAUGGUUUCUCCCAUUUUGUUUUUGUAGUUCAAUAGAGUGCAAUCAGAGGCACCCCUUUCCCACAGCUAGUUGAAUGGCUGUCUGCCGGUUAGUACACUUGUAGCACAGACUUCAUUUUCUGCCACAUGAAAUACGCCACCUUGGUGUCCUACCUAAUGAUCAAUAAACCUUUCACCAUUUGCCAUCUUCCAAGGGUAUCGAUGUUCAAAUCUAUUCAGAAUUUGAAUUUGAUUCUCCAAUCUUGAUCCUGGGAGUCUACUGCCCAGUUAGACCAAACCACACAGUCUAUCCAUAGUUUCAAAAAUGCCAGAAUACGGCUAUUAAGGUAGCUUUACCUUCCCCAUUGUUAAAGCAUCUUGUGUCGGAAGUUUUUUUUUGCUAAAUGUGCAGUAUGAUUGUUGAACUGUUUAUGAAAUUGCUUGAUUGACUUUAACAAACUUUGUUAUUCUUUGCAUUAAGCAUCCAAUUUAAGAGGCCAAACGUUUAGCUCUGUCAUCUUCAAUUACUGUUGUGCACAGUAGAUGAAAGGUGCCUGGCAAUGUUCUCUUCCCUUCUCUUUUCUCCCCUGCCCCGCAAGUUUACUGUUUUUAUUUAACUGAUCUGAGCUUCCUACAUUUAUCUAAUGUACUAGUUUGCAUUCAAGCUCAGCUUGGGGAAAACCAGUGGCAUUCUUACUGUUCAUGUAUAUCUUGACAUGGGGGUACAUUCAUAAUGUGUCACGUUUCUGGAUGCAAAAAAUCUGUUUCUAACUCUCUUCGUAAAUGGACACUUCUUUCAGAAGGAUGUGAAAGCCAUGCUUGCCUAUUCUAUUUACUAUAUAUGUUAUAAAAGUGUAGAUAAGUACAGUGCAUUUAAACCACAGAGGAAAAACUAGAUACUUUUACAGGGUGCUGGUGAAGAAAUAUAUAUUUUUGACAAUUUAGCUUUUUAUACUUACUUGCAGUAACAAAAUACAAAAAUUAUUAAAAAAAAUUGUAAUGGAAGUGAUGCUGGAUGGUUAUGGUAAUAAGAAACUGAAGACCAAAACAGUAUAUCUAGGAUUUUGCAGGGUUGUGGGUGAGAAGAGAAGAGCAUAAAGGAAGGAAAAUAGUGCCUUAUACAUGCCUGGUCAUUUUGUAAGUGUCUAACAACAUAUUGUUUGACUUAAUUCUGAUGCAUGUCAGUCCAUCAUUAGAGAGAAGGGAAGUGGUCUUAAUUGGCAAAAAGUAUUCAAAAAGAUAGAACAGCAAGGACAGUUGUGUGAAGCUACUCAAAUUUACAUGAGAUUAGGCCUGUUCAGUUCAUUGAUUCUAUGCAACAAGUGUGAAAUAGUUUCUCAACCAGCUUAUAUUUUGUGCCACCAUUUGUGUCUUCCUAAGUUGUUCAUACUUCGAUUUUUCUCAUUGUGCCAUUAUUUCUCCAUAAAAUCAAAGCUUUUUUUUCGCGUAAAAUCCAAGAAUGUUUCUAAUGGUCACUUACAAAAUGAAGGCCAUUUUGGCUUAGUUUUGCCUGAUUAAUUAGAGGCAGAAAACCAGCUCUUAUCAGUAAACUACUACAAUGCUGCAGUGCUUGACUUUAGAACAAAGUGCAUAAGAACAAAUUUGAAAUGUUAAUUUCUUGCUGCCCUUCAACGUUUUACUUCUGUCAACUCUCAUUGAGUUUACAUCAGUUAUUUGAACUCAAUAUUUUGUCAGUGUUAUUUUUUUGUAAACAAAACAUUGAAAGUUUUUGACAGUAUUAUGUAUUCCCUCAGUUACAUUAAGGAAAUAGCUCGAAGACACUGCUGUUACGUAAUGGUUGGUUGAAUGCAAAGCAAUUACAUAUGCUGUGUACAAUAUUUAAUAUAUUGCCUACACACAUGUAUAGUAUUGUAAUUACCACCAUUGUUACAAGUUUAUAAUGUAUUUUUCUAUCUUCAUUUUGUAUGUAUAUUGUAUACCAUUUACGAUUAUUUUCUUCCAGAUUUGAGGCCACUGUGGUUUUGAUAGCCAGAAACCAUUGCAGAUUUAUCGUAAUCAUAAUCUCUAUCAUUGGGAGUGUUGCCUUUUCUGACUUGUUAACUCAUUAUCCAUUUAAUAAGUUUCUUGUUAAAAAUGUUUUUACAUGCUUGCAUUUUAUUUCAUGGUGUUUGCUGUUUCUAUUAACCCUGGCAUUUAUUUUAAUAAACGUUAUAGUACAAAUCUACUAACUGCUGAAUAGUUUGUUUAACCCUUGAUGAACAGUCUGGUUCACUGGACUAACCUUUUGAAGAGUAUGAAUUACUCGAGUACAUACAUACACGCACACAAAAUAACACUAGCUGAAAAUUGCUCCAAGUUAUGUGCUAUAUCGUCUUGUUGACUGACUUGCACUGCACAACAAUAUAAACAACAACAUUCAGUGUUGAAGAACAACCUGGGGGGUGAUGUAUGCAUCAUCCCUUCAAGGUCGGGAACAAAGUAACAUUUCUUUUGAGGUAUCUGUCUAGUCUUGUCUAUUGCCUACCAGCUAAAGCACCUUCUCUGUGUACUAAUGUUGGACCUGGCCUCUGUGCUUUCUUUCUUCUUUUUAACUAAUGCAGAAGGUGUUUUGUUAAUAGAGGCACACAAGCAAUGAUUUGGGGAGGGGGGAGGGGCAUGCCACAGGCCGAUGGGGAAUAAAGAUCCGAUAAUUUUUAUGCUGAAAUCAAUCUCGUCUUUUUUUUGGAAAGAGUUGGGGUGAAGGGGAGAGUUGGCAAUAGUCAGAUAGUAAAGCAGUCCAUGGACUACUGAGUGUGAAGUAUAUUAUACUGUAUAUUAUACUUGUUUCCCAGUGUUUUGUAAUGUAAAUUGGGAGGGACAGGAACACUGAAGAUCUAAUACAGUACAUUAAUGUUUAGGGAAUCACAUUGCAGUCAGUAUAUGUCUGCAAAUUCACUUUAAGAUAGACUAUGCAUAAAUGAUAUUGUUUGAAACUGUAUAUAAGUAGUAUUUAUAGAUAAAUUUGAAAUUCACUUGUAUGUAACUUCUACCAAAAGGAGCUCUCUUGUAUGUGUGCAAUAAAAUGACUUAAAACUGGAA